GGCGGCCCCGGGGAAGGCUUUGACGUGGCAAAGACAGGUGAUGCCCGAAUUGGGUUUGUGGGUUUUCCAUCAGUGGGGAAAUCUACUCUUCUAAGUAAUCUGGCUGGUGUUUACUCUGAAGUGGCAGCAUAUGAAUUCACUACCCUGACUACUGUGCCUGGAGUCAUUAGAUACAAAGGAGCAAAGAUACAGCUACUUGAUCUCCCAGGAAUUAUUGAAGGUGCCAAAGAUGGUAAAGGCAGAGGACGGCAAGUCAUUGCGGUUGCUCGAACCUGCAAUCUCAUUCUUAUUGUUCUGGAUGUACUGAAACCCCUUGGUCACAAGAAAAUAAUUGAGAAUGAACUGGAGGGAUUUGGAAUUCGUCUGAAUAGUAAGCCCCCCAAUAUUGGCUUUAAGAAAAAGGAUAAAGGAGGCAUUAACCUUACAGCCACAUGUCCUCAGAGUGAGCUGGAUACUGAAACAGUGAAGAGCAUCCUAGCAGAGUAUAAAAUUCACAAUGCUGAUGUCACACUGCGCAGCGAUGCCACUGCUGAUGACCUAAUUGAUGUCGUUGAAGGGAACAGGGUUUACAUCCCAUGCAUUUACGUCCUGAAUAAAAUUGACCAGAUUUCCAUUGAGGAACUAGAUAUUAUUUACAAAGUACCCCACUGUGUCCCAAUAUCUGCUCAUCAUCGCUGGAACUUUGAUGAUCUGCUGGAGAAAAUUUGGGAUUACUUGAAGCUAGUACGAAUCUACACCAAACCUAAAGGGCAGCUCCCAGACUACACCUCUCCUGUGGUACUACCUUACUGCAAGACCACAGUGGAGGAUUUUUGCAUGAAGAUCCACAAAAAUCUCAUUAAAGACUUUAAAUAUGCGCUGGUCUGGGGUUCAUCUGUUAAACACAACCCUCAAAAAGUUGGUAAAGACCAUACUCUUGAAGAUGAGGAUGUUAUUCAGAUUGUGAAGAAAUAAAGUUGUUCUCACA